AUGUCACCUUCCGGUCCUCCACCCGAUCCGUCCAGGUAUGCCACCGAGGAUCUAAACUUCAUUGCCAAGAAGACAUGGUCGGACCAGAAAGAGAAGAUCAUAUGGGGCCCGUAUGACUACGUGACCAGUCAGCCCGGAAAGGAUUUCAGGUCACAGUUGAUUGCUUCGUUCAACAGUUGGCUGGAAGUGCCCGAAGAUAGCAUAGAGGUCAUCACAAAAGUUGUCGGCAUGCUACACAACGCAUCCCUGCUAAUCGACGACGUGGAGGACAACUCGACCCUGCGCCGCGGAUUACCGGUAGCACACAGCAUCUUUGGUACGGCACAAACCAUCAACUCCGCCAACUACAUAUACUUCGCGGCUCUGCAAGAACUACAGAAGCUCCAGAACCCCAAGGCCGUCAGCAUAUACAUGGAGGAAUUGAUCAACUUGCACCGCGGCCAAGGCAUGGAUCUCUUCUGGCGAGACACCCUGACUUGCCCGACGGAGGAUGACUACCUCGAGAUGGUCGGCAAUAAGACGGGCGGACUAUUCAGACUGGGCAUCAAGCUCAUGCAGGCCGAGUCUCGGUCACCCAUUGACUGUGUGGAGCUCGUCAACCUCAUGGGGUUGAUCUUUCAGAUCCGCGACGAUUAUAUGAACCUGUCCUCCGCUGAAUAUAGCGAUAACAAAGGCUUCGCCGAAGAUCUCACCGAGGGCAAGUUUUCGUUCCCCGUGAUACACUCGAUCCGAUCCGAUCCUGCAAACCUGCAGCUUUUGAACAUUCUUAAACAGAGGACAGAAGACGAAGGAGUCAAGAGGUACGCAGUGAAGUACAUGGAGGGGACUGGCAGCUUCAAAUACACCCUCGAGGUCAUUGCGAUCCUGAUCGAAAGAGCAAGGAACGUGGCGGACCUGAUCAACGAGGGCAAAGAGAAGAACCAUGGAAUUCACAAGAUCCUGGAUAAGAUGGUCGUCUCGUGA